AAUCCCCGCGACUGCAGCAGCGCCGGCUCCCUCCCGGUCCCCGCCUCGGCCCCGGGCUCCGAAGCGGCUCGGGGGCGCCCUGUCGGUCAGCGUCGUCGCCCACCCCCUGCCCAGCCCCAGCCCCCGGGGACCCAGGCUCGCCAGCGCGCGGCGGGGAGCCGGCCGGGACGCGCCAUGGGGGGCCCCUCCGCCCUGCCCCUGCUGCUGCUCCUCGCCUGCUGCGGGGCGCCCGGUGGGGCCAACCUCUCCCAGGACGGCUACAGGCAGGAGCAGGAUUUGGAGCUGGGAACUCUGGCUCCACUCGGCGAGGCCAUCAGCUCCACAGUCUGGAGCAGCCCUGACAUGCUGGCCAGUCAAGACAGCCAGCCCUGGACGUCAGAUGAGACCGUGGUGGCUGGAGGGACGGUGGUGCUCAAGUGCCAAGUGAAGGACCACGAGGACUCGUCUCUGCAGUGGUCCAACCCUGCCCAGCAGACUCUCUACUUUGGAGAGAAGAGAGCCCUUCGUGAUAAUCGGAUCCAGCUGGUUAGAUCCACUCCCCAUGAGCUCAGCAUCAGCAUCAGCAACGUGGCCCUGGCGGACGAGGGCGAGUACACCUGCUCCAUCUUCACCAUGCCCGUGAGGACGGCCAAGUCCCUCGUCACUGUGCUCGGAAUCCCACAGAAGCCCAUCAUUACUGGCUACAAGUCAUCAUUACGGGAAAAGGAGACAACCACCCUAAACUGUCAGUCUUCUGGAAGCAAACCUGCAGCCCAGCUCACCUGGCGGAAGGGCGACCAAGAGCUCCACGGAGAACCAACCCGCGUUCAGGAAGACCCCAAUGGUAAAACCUUCACCGUGAGCAGCUCAGUGACAUUCCAGGUUUCCCGGGAGGACGACGGGGCGGACAUCGUGUGCUCUGUGAACCAUGAGUCUCUAAAGGGAGCUGACAGAUCCACUUCCCAACGCAUUGAAGUUCUAUACACACCCACGGCGAAGAUUAGGCCAGACCCCCCGCACCCUCGCGAGGGCCAGAAGCUGCUGCUCCACUGUGAGGGGCGUGGCAAUCCCGUCCCCCAGCAGUACCUGUGGGAGAAGGAAGGCAGUGUGCCCCCGCUGAAGAUGACCCAGGAGAGCGCCCUCAUCUUCCCCUUCCUCAACAAGAGUGACAGCGGGACCUACGGCUGCACGGCCACCAGCAACAUGGGCAGCUACAAGGCGUACUACACGCUCAACGUGAACGACCCCAGCCCGGUACCCUCGUCCUCCAGCACCUACCACGCCAUCAUCGGCGGGAUCGUGGCGUUCAUCGUCUUCCUGCUGCUGAUUCUGCUCAUCUUCCUGGGCCACUACUUGAUCAGGCACAAAGGAACCUACCUGACACACGAGGCCAAAGGCUCUGAUGACGCCCCAGAUGCAGACACGGCCAUCAUCAACGCAGAAGGCGGGCAGUCGGGCGGGGACGACAAGAAGGAAUAUUUCAUCUAGAGGCGCCCGGACACCCCCUGCACCCCAGGGGCCCCACGGGGACUGCUGGGGCCAUCACCAACCUGGACUUGUACAGAGCGACCCCAGGGCCGCCCCUCCCGCUUGCUCCCCAGCCCCCCCCCCACCCCCUGUACAGAAUGUCUGCUUUGGGUGCGGUUUUGUACUCGGUUUGGAAUGGGGAGGGAGGAGGGGGGGAGGGAGGGUCACCCUCAGCCCUUUCCGUGGCUUCUCUGCGUUUGGGUUAUUAUUAUUUUUAUAACAAUCCCAAAUCAAAUCCGUCUCCAGGCUGGAGGGCCAGGGGCCCUGGGUGAGGAAAGCAAAACCCUGGAGUGUAGGAGGAGAGUGAAGGCGGCGGGGUAAGGAUAGGGAGCCAAGCCGGGCUGGUGUGGGGGCCCUGCCCGCAGCUCUCCGUCCUCCCCCGCUUCAUGGCCUCCUGGGGCAAUGGGGAAGUGGUGAGCAGAACCUGGAGGGGCUGGAGGGGGCUUUUCCUCUGCUAGUCACGCACCUCAAGUUACGGACAGGGAAGCGGGCCGCCCGGUCACCCCUCCUCCUCCAUGACAGGAAAGGGGUGAAUGGGGGUCCCCAGGAGGUGUGAGCCAGCAGGUGGAAGGCAGCCAUGCAGGGACCCGGGGCUCCCACAUGAGAAGGACCCAGGUCCCUGCCAGGACGGGGUAGUUCUACAGGGGGAGGCUGGCAGAGAGGGGCCUCUACCCCUUGCACCCGAUGUCCAGUGAAGCCCGGCCCCAGGGGCGAGCGCUCUAGCAGCUGUGGGAGAGGCGCUGCUGCGGGCCCCUGGCUCUGACCCGAGCCCUGACUGUCGCACGGCAACCGCGGCUCCCGUCCUGUACGGCCUGCCCUGCCCCUUCCCGCUCCCUCAGCAGCCAGGCAGACGUAACAACAAAAAUACUAAAAGGAGCUUCAGUGCA